CCCGCGUCAUUCAACUCAAACUACUGAGCUCGCCUGGAGCUCGCGAGUAAACAGCUUUCUGGAGAAGCACCGGUGUGUUUAACUUAAAAAUGCUCAAAAAGAAAUCAAGUAGCGCUGAAAAGAAACGGAAACACUCGCAGUCGGAAGAAAGACACGACAGCAACAAGCGAAGAAGUGCGGAAGCUAACUUGGAGGACUCAAAGGAUGAGCUCGCUGACGCAGAGCUGGACAGGAUUGGCAGUGACAUUGAGGAAGGGGGACUUGACCUCAACCUGCCGUUCAAGCCCAUCACUGCUUAUGCCGCUGACAGGCGGGAGAUGCUGGAGCAGUGUCUGCGUGUGCUGGGGGAGAAGAAGCUACGGAGAAUGCUGCCUGAUGAACUCAAGGACUUUAGUUUAGAGGAAAUCAAAAAAAUGUGCUGGGAGCAACUGGAGCCGAUCUCAGAGAAAAAUCUUUUACAGAUCCUAGCAGGAGAAGAACUGACAUCUGGAAAUGGCGACAAAAACACAGAAGAGACCUUGGAGAGCCAGCAAGACAAUAAUGUGGACUCUACAUCUUGCCUCAAAGACACUGCAAAAACUGAGGACCCUAAGCAAGAGGGUGGCGGUUCAGGAGAGGAGAGCGACGUCCUGAGCAUAAACGCAGACACUUACGAUAGCGACAUAGAAGGGCCCAAAGAGGAGCAGACUGUUAAAGCCGUGGAUGGAGCGGUGAAAGUAGCGGACAGCAGCAGGGAAGGCGCUGACCCAGUGGUAAACCCUGACCCAGUGAAUCCUAAACCUCCCACGGGCUCUCAACCAGCGGAAGGUGGAAAGAAGGACAUCCAAAGCGACAUAGACAAAAGCGUCAGUGAGAUUUUAGCGUUUUCGUCCUCUUCAAGCAAAGAGGAAGCUAAGGAACAGAGUGCACCUCCGCCGUGCACGGAUGUUAGUUUACCUGUUCAAGGCGCACCUGUUUUGGGGCGCGCGCCUGCAGCGUGUCGGCCGUCGAUUCAGCAACUGGAGCUCCUGGAGCUGGAAAUGAGGGCGAGGGCCAUAAAGGCUCUGAUGAAAGCAAGUGAUGGGAAAAAGCAGAGCGUGACAAAAAAUGUGUAGCAUGUUUUGUUUGUUGUUGGUUGAAUGAUACAUGAAAUCAUGUGGUUCUAUUACUCCAUAUUGGAAUGAUGUGACUUGGGAAGUUAAACACACCAAGGCUUGUCCUACACCUACUGAAUGAAUGUCUCCUGGUAUGAUAAACAUAAUGGAGUUUCCAACUG